UCAGAUAUUUCUGGCACGCUUGCUGCUACGAGGAAGCGAUUCAGCUUUUUUGGUGGGACCAGUAAGACGGGUUUGACAGGGCAAGAAGGGUAUAAUGGGAAAGUCGCCCAAGGUCGGUGAGCUUGGUGAGAUCUUGCCUGAGGAAGAUAGAUCUGAGACGCCGACGGCUGUGACGAGUACAAGUAAGGAACUUGGACUGGGCAUCGCUGCUAUUGCCACAGUUGGUGCAGUCGCCACAGAGGCUGUUCAACCGCUUGCACAAUCACAGGGAUCUAUCCCCGAGGAAAUUUUUCAGUCACCUGCCGUAGCCGCACCCACAGAACAUGUCCUGCAGCCUCGGCAGGACAAUUCUGUAGCAGCGCCACAUGAACAAACCUUGGUCGAAGAAGCCAACAACGUUCUCGACAAGGAGACCCCUGAGACUGGCGAGUCCGUCGCGCUCGUAGCCAUCACCGAUGAAUCUGUUCCAGAAUAUGAGGCUACGCUUGUCGAGGAAUCUAUUUUGCAGCCCGAACGAGCGGUUGUUGAAGAACCAGAGGUCGUCUCCACAGUGCCUGAGCCUAUACAUGAUAUAGAGGCGCCCGUUGUUGGAACUCCAGAGACGCCGGCAUCGGAUGAUACUCUCCCUGCAGUCCCCAUAGUAGACGCUUUACACGAGCCGCUCAUCGGGCCAGAAGAACAGACCUCCAUUGUGGAGGAAACGCCCUCUGAGGUGCCCACUAGUGAAGGCACCGAGGCUACUCUUGCACACGCUUCGAUUACUGUAGCUGCUGGGGCCCAAAUUCCGGAGGAACCCCCCGUUGGACCCAUAUUACCCGCUGCUGGGUCGAAACCCAUCGAAUAUACCAGUGGUGCGGCGUCCAUGGAACCGCCAUCAUCUUCCGAUGCGUAGGACGAUACGGACAUCUCUUCGGAGGAGUAUCCAUCAUAUUGAGGGCAGUGUUGAAGAUCCAUCGUGAUUACCUUUUUGAUUGGUUCUUGGUUUGUUUUUUAUCAUUUCAUGUUUGAUCAUUGGUUGCGAAACCUCCAACUGUCCUUUGUCAUUUACUGGUCCCCAUCUGCACCCAUACCUCCUUCGCUAGCCUCAACUAAUCUACAUUUACUGUUAUAUCCAGGAUUCCAGAUAUCACC